AUGGCCUCUCUCUCUCGCCUGGGUUCAUGUCGCAGCCAAAUUAACUUCAAGGUUAAUUACCAUCCACCAUUCACCACUCACCUGGCAGGAAUCCGCCUUCAAUCGCGCGUUUUCUUUCAACAGAAUUUUCCUCGCAGUCGGGCGGCACUGUCCCUGUUGAGCUAUUGCUACUACCAGAUGCAAGACUACAAAGCAGCAACCACCAUGUACGAACAGCUCGUGAAGAUCUGCCCCAGCGUUGAAGAGUAUAAGGUGUAUCUCGCCCAGUCACUGUACAAGGCUGGAAUGUAUCCAGAGGCAACGCGAGCAGCAGUUCGAGUCGACAGCCCCCAGUAUCAGCAGAGGAUGGUCGCCCUUCAGGGUGCCAUCAAGUACGAGCAAGACGAGUUGGCAGCUUGCAAGGGUCUCGUCGACCAAUGCCUGGGCGAUGAUCCGGACACCAUAAUCAGUUAUGCGUCGAUUUCUUUCAAAGAACAAGACUACGAAGAUGCUAGGCAGAAGUACGCAGAUGCUAUGCAUACUCUCGGGUACCAAGCAGAUCUUGCGUACAACACGGCGCUGUGCUACUUCAAGGACAAGCAGUAUGUCUCUGCUUUAAAACGUGUUGGUGAGUUGAGCUACACCCUCGUGGUUCUGGGCGAACUAAGUAUCGACUACAUUUCGGGUCGGAAGCAGCGCUCCUUCGUUUCCGAUAAGCGGAAGCUCAUGGUCUCUUGUUUACCUCGUGCCCUUUGGCCAGACGAAAUCAUCGAGAGAGGCGUACGUGAGCACCCAGAGCUCUCUGUCGGAAGCAAUACAGACGGGAUUGAUGUGCGGUCUGUCGGCAAUUCACAGGUUCUACAGGAAACUUGUCUGGUGGAGGCGUUCAACCUACGAGCUGCCAUUGAACAAACCAGAAAAGACUAUGAAAUGGCGGUGGAGGCCCUCAGCGAUAUGCCACCUCGCAGAGAACAAGAGCUGGACCCCGUCACGCUCCACAACCAGGCCCUUCUGCACAUGGAGGACGAUCCAACAGCAGGCUUUCGCAAGCUUAAUUUUCUGUUGUCCAACCCGCCGUUUCCACCGGAGACAUUCGGCAACCUGCUCCUGUUGCAUUGUAAGUACGGUUACCACGAACUCGCCGCGGACAUCCUGGCUGAAAACAGCCAUCUCACGUAUAAGUUCUUGAGCGAAGAACUGUACGAGUAUCUCGAUGCUGCCAUCAUGGUGCAAACUAGUCCGGAGGAGGCGUACCGCAAGUACGAUGAAUUGACAUCAAAGCACAUCGACCAGCUACGGCAAUUGACGAAGCAAAUACAGGAUGCUCGUAUCGCCCGCGACAAUGAUGCUAUCAAGACUAGUCUGGAGAUGUACGAUGCAGCCCUUGAGCGUUACAUCCCUGUUUUGAUGGCGAUGGCGAGGAUCUACUGGGAUAGAGAGAAUUAUCCUAUUGUCGAGAAGCUGUUCAGGCAGGCUGCGGAGUUCUGUUCAGAUCACGAUACUUGGAAAUUGAACGCCGCCCACGUCUUCUUCAUGGAGGAAAAAUUCAAGGAGGCCAUUCGAUACUACCAGCCUAUCGUGAAGAAGCAGGCAGAGAGCAUUCUAGAGGUUCCUGCGAUUGUCCUGGCGAACCUGUGCGUGAGCCACAUUAUGAUAAGCCAAAACGACGAGGCAGAAGAACUCAUGCGAAAGAUAGAAAAGGAAGAAGAGAAAGUGGCGGAACAGGAUCCGGAAAAGCAAUGCUUUCAUCUUUGCAUUGUCAAUCUGGUUAUCGGAACGCUCUAUUGUGCCAAGGGAAAUUUCGAGUUUGGAAUCAGUCGCAUCAUCAAGUCCUUGGAACCGUACGAAAAAAAGCUUGGUACGGACACGUGGUUCUACGCGAAGAGAUGCUUUCUGGCUCUUGCUGAGCAGAUGUCGAAGCAUAUGCUGAUCCUCAAGGAUGCCUCCCUGUACGAGAUCAUCGGUUUCCUCGACGCUGCAGAUCAGCAUGGCCACAACAUCCCAACGCAAAUAGGACCACAGGUCGACCCUGGGGGAAAACACACCCCUGACAAGUGGAACUGUACAGUGAGCUACGAGACACGACAGCUGAAAAAAAUAUUUUUGAAAUUGCGAGAUUAG